UUUUAUUGUGAUCACAUGAGCAUCUCUUGAAACUAAAAGUUUGGGGAAACCACAAAAGUGACGUCACGGAAGGUCCCUCAAUGCAGUACAAAUGUCCUGAGUGAUGUGGAAAUGCUGCAGAGCUGAAGUGUUAUUCUACGUGACAGAUAUGGCAGUGAAGCAGCGGCUCAGUGUCUUCUUGCUACUCAUACAGGUUUCACUUGCAGUUUGGCAACAUGUGACUGUGAUGGAGGGUCGCACGGUUUUCUUAACAUGCCCUAUUAUCAACCCUCACAUGACCAAUGUCGAAUGGAAGAACCCAGAAGGAUACGUUAUGUUUUUCAAUUCUAACAAAGCAUUGAAUGAUAAACGAUACAGCAUCACCAAUCUGUCGCAGACAAAAUUCUCCAUAAGUAUAUCUCGUGUCACCUUAAAAGACGGAGGCAACUACACGUGCUCCCACUACGACCACCACACAUCACAGAAGAAAGUGGAGGUGACGGUGUUGGGUUCUCCCACCAUGUCAGUGGUGAAGCAUGAUGGAAAGAUGGUUAUAAAAUGCACUGCAGAGGGGAAUCAUCACCCACCCCAGAUUUCUUGGAAGUUUGAUCAACAGCCUGAAUUUCUUGCUCAAGAAAACGUUCACCGUGAAGGCAACAAAUAUGUAUCCAUGGGAAUUAUUCAUCUUUUCCCAGUCAAGAACCAGGUCACUGUGAAAUGCCUUGUUCGUCAUCCAGCACUGCACUCACGACCCUUGAUGAACUUUAUGAUAAUUGGACGAGACACAAAAGUACCCGUCCGUACAACCUCAACGCCACCAACCCCAGUACAGCCUCAAGCAUCAACGGGACUUCUGGGGACAACAGGAACCCCGACCCGGCAUGAUGGAACGUCACCAUAUUUUCAACCCACCAGAGGAACUGGUACCUCACUAGGGCAGUCGGCGGUUACCCCCAGCCAGAAUGCUUUUUCAAAGUCUGUGACAACAUUCUCCAGACGCCCUUCGAGCCCCGUUACAUUCACAACUCGUCUUCCCACCACAGGAGGUGGGACGCCUGAGAUAUCAGAAGACACCUAUAAUAGCACAAAGACAAACAUCACAGGAGCUCCAGGGAAUUCCUCCGUACUGGUCCUCCUGGUGACGUGCCUGAUUGUUUGCCUCCUGGUGGUGGUUAUAUUUUUUGCCAUUAAGCUGAGGAGAGCACAUGUGGCCUGGAGAAAAGAGAAUGAAGAGUCGGCUCCAUCAGAGGAGAGCAGUAAAUCCAAAUCCAGUCAGGAUGAGAAGAAUCCCCAAAGUCGAAGAGGAAUUUUCAACACGGCAUUCACACAGUACAUUGUUGAGAAGCCAGCAGUGAUAACUUCAGAUCUAAACAAAAGUGCCGUGACUCCAAAAGAAAGUACAACAAAUGACCGGGGGACCUCUCAGUCUAAAACCCAGACACAAACUUAUUCCACAUGCCACGUGAAAGAGACGCCACUUUGAUCAAUAUGUAAAACAGCUGUUUUGAUGUCUUCAGAAAGCAGAAUGUUUCUUUCUUUUUUGUUUGGGAGGUUACUUUUGUGGUGUUUAAGGAAUACUUUUAAAUCAUGAUAAGGAAGAGCAUACUAAUACCAGGACAAACCUAUCCUUGCUCUCUAAUAGCCUCAGUUCUUGGACAUAUUCCAUAGAUCAUGAAAACCUUUUCAUGUUCAUAAAAGGUCCAUUCAACUCGAUACCAUGUUUAUGUGAUGAAUGUAUAUGUGUACUAUGCCAGCCGUACAGAGCAACCCAAUAACAGACAUGAAACUGCUGUAAUAAAGGGAUACCAACAUUUAAAAAAAAGUAAGUUGUGGUAUUGAAAUAAAUGGUAUCAAAGGCGCCCAAAAAUGUUUUCAUGGUCAAUGCCACUUAAGCUUCCUUGGUGUGCUCUUAUAAGGAAACAUGACUCCACAGAUUUAGUGUGGCAGGCAGAUGACUCAGCAGGAAUGUUAUGCCAAAGUACAUGCACCAACACUGAAAUAAAUACAUAUAUUCUGACGUAUUCAACACCAUGACGUCAGUAGUUUCAGAAAUACCCAUCCGUCUUCACCAUGAUGUCACAGUCACAGCCCCUCUGGACAUUUGAUAUGAACAUCAACUGAUUCUGAUGGGGUUAGUUUAUGUACUGAAUGAAUGAAUGAAUGAAUGAAUGAAUGUUACAUGAAUGAAUGAAUGUUACAUGAAUAAGGACGUUUUUGUGUUUUCUUGAUAAAAUGCUUGUGGAAUGUAUAAGUCACAAACAAAAUGGCUACUACUGUAUAUCAUAAAUAAUGAUUAAACGUA